CUCACACUUCUAAGGCACUCAACUGGCUGUUCUAUCAGUCUGUCAUACAAUCAUGUUCACAAGAAUCGCUAGUAAGGACCAAGAACAACUGCUCAAGGUGGUCAUUCUUACGCCCUAUCGUGGCCCAGGAAAUCUGCCAGCGGUGUUUGCGACGCCUGAAGUGCCUGGAACCAUCCGAGGCUUUGUAGAGUUCGAGUCCGUCGAGGACAUCAAGGGUGGGGACCUGGAUCUGACUUUUCGUGUCAAAAGCGAGGCAAGAUGGACUAGACACUACGGUCAAUCAACAGUGGUAUAUCAUUCUAAGGAGGUACUUCAAAGGAAGGCAUGGAAGGUCCCAGUUUCUCACCCACAGCCAGGAGUGGUCGGUGCAGGAAGGACACGAUUCGAUUUCGAAGUCGUUCUGGAUCAACGGACGCCAUCGUCUAUCAGUGGUCGGCGAGGAUGGUUGAACUAUCGAUUUGCAGCCACAUUGCACAGAAGAUUUCCCCGACGCAACAUUGUCUUCAAGCAGGACGUAUGGACCUUCAGUACCUGCCUACCCGCGCCUGAUCCCGAAUAUAUUUCUGAUCCCUACAUGUAUUCUGGUGUCUGGGAAUUCCAUCUACCGUUCAUGUGCUCGCUUCCCAGCGAAAAUAUUCACCUCGGACAGACAGUACCCCUUACAAUCAAGUUCGAUCCCUUCCUCUCCUCGAGUGGCCACUUUGAUCAAGAGUUGGUAAUUGUUAACGCAGUCAUCAAGUUAAAGCAAUACACACGGCUCUGGCAUAAAUGGAACGUCAAGACGGAGACGAAGGAAGUCCUUGCCCUGCCUGUGAGAGAGGGUUGGGUGCCAGGAGCGAAUGGAGUACAAAGGACAAUCCUGGUCGAUAUUCCACAGGCACCUCAACUCUCUUGCACUACGACAACGCGUCCUGUUCAGAAGACCCACAUCCUGAAGUUGAUUAUGCGCAUCAAGACUGCCUCGAUGACAGACAGGGAAGCAAGAGAAUUCCGCAUCGAGAUGGGAGUGAAUAUUACCGGGCCCAGACCACCGACUGACCCCCCUGUUGAGGAUCUGCCACCGUAUACCGCAGUAUGGGAUGGAGAUGAUGGGGAUAACAGCGAGUAGACGGAUUAUAUAUGCUGUACAGGGAUCCAGUCCCGUAUUCAAUUCAAUUGAAACUGGUUGUAAACAUUAAAGAAUCAUGAAUCUCAACGCUUUUUCCUCUUUCCUCUAUUUCCACCAUUACCCAAAAGAAAACACUCUGGUCACACAGCCCCGGCCCCAAAACGACCCGAUGUCGAACGCUCUGACCUGACACCUCGGCUUCCAAAUCACACAAAUCCCAAACGAAGUAUACGCACAGAGCAAGAGCACAAUCCAUAUGUCUCCCAUGUCG